CUUCCCUUUCCCAUCCUUCUCUUUUUGUUACUUUUUUUCUCAACUCGUUACACACAUUCACAUUAUAUUUUUCUUAACUUUUAAAACACAAGUUUCUCUAACAUGCGUCUUUCAACAGUAGCAUUCUCAUUGGCCUGCGCAUUAGGUCUGGCUGCUGCUGCUCCCUUCGACUUUGCUCCUCCACCUGCAGUCAUUGAGAGUUGUGGUGGUGAAACUGAUCUGCUCACGAUUGACUACGUCAACCUCACUCCUAAUCCUCCUCUCAAGGGUCAAAACCUUACCAUCGAUGCAAAGGGAUUCCUUACUGAGGAUAUUGUCCAGGGCGCUAAAAUCGAUGUCGUUGUCAAAGUUGGCUUGAUCAAACUGUUGACCCAGACAUUUGAUUUCUGCGAAGAGUCUGUCAAGAUUGACAUGCCAUGCCCUAUUGUCGCUGGCGACCAAUAUGUCCAACAGACUGUUGAGCUGCCCAAGGAAAUUCCUCCCGGCAAAUACACCGUUAACAUUAAGGUCAGAAACCCAGACUCCGAUGGCAUGCCAGGCAAGCAGGUGACUUGCUUGAUUGCCAAAGCUGUGUUCCUCCUUUAAAAAAAAAUCCUCCCCUACCUCUCAACUCUUCUUUCGAACAAAGAAUAUAGUUCAGCAAUAUGCGCAACUCAUCUGAUUUAUUGAAAUAAAUAUAUAUUUGUACAUUUCUUUCUAG